AUGAAGGUCGCUGUCAUCCUCGCCCUGGCAACCGCCGCUGUCGCCGACAUCAUCAACAACGAGCACCUCAAGACCGAAGUCAUCAACAAGGUCGAGUGCAACCGCCCCACCAAGGCCGGCGACGGGAUCCAAGUACACUACCGCGGCACACUCGAGAGCGACGGCAGCGAAUUCGACGCUUCAUACAACCGCGGCCAGCCGCUGGGCUUCACCGUCGGCAAGGGCCAGGUCAUUAAGGGCUGGGACCAGGGCUUGCUCGACAUGUGCCCCGGCGAGAAGCGCAAGCUUACUAUCCAGCCUGACUGGGCGUAUGGUAGCCGUGGCGCUGGUCCUAUCCCGGCAAACAGCGUGUUGAUCUUCGAGACGGAGCUCGUUUCGAUCGACGGUGUUUCCAAGGACGAGUUGUAG